CAGACUGUACAGUAGAUAGACACACACACACACACACACACACACACACCCGCUCGCGUGCGCGCAGGUAUGUUUUACCCUAAAAUGAUACACUGGUGACUGAAGCCCAGAGUGUCGGAUGUAGAUUCUAGUAUUUUUAUAAAGCGCGACUGGAGCGUGGCUGCGCCACACAUUGCCUGGCUGAGGGAAGCACCAAGUCUUGCCCUGCACGCUGACGACAGCGAUGAAGAUCGUGCUAUUGCUUACGCUGGUGGCAGUGCUGUGCUACGGAUCUCGUCCAAAAUGCAUGACAGACAGAAAUCAACUGAAGUUUUGGUACAAGCAGAGAACUCUCACGAGUUGCAACAAACCCAAAGAGUCCUUUGUUCAACUGAAGGUUCCUGAUGGCUUUGACUAUGUGAAGCCCAGCGUGGUCAAGAUCCCGCAGUGCACAGGUCUCUUUUGCUCCAACUACCCGAUGAAGUGCGUGCCAGGGGAAUCCGAAACGAGGAACCUGAUAGUAGAAGCCUUUACUAAAGGAGCAGAUCACCAGCCCACCUGUGUACAUGUCUCCGUAGAGGAACACUUGGACUGCAAGUGUGACUGUGAAGAGACUACCUGCGAGCAGAACGAGAUUUUUGAUGAUGAUACUUGCUCGUGUCAAUGUCAUCCAACAUAUAAACGUCAGUGCCAGGAAAGGAUUGAUGCUGGCCACAGAGUGCGGUGGUCAAAGAACGCCUGCGCGUGCCUGUGUAGCCACCCUAUUGACUGUGACAACAGCAUGGAAUGGAACCACUUCUUAUGCGAAUGUGUUCCCAGCAAAAGACUCGUAUUAGACUCACUCAGUAAUGAAUUGUUCUAAAGUCUGAAUAAAUUGUUCUGAGACACAUCAGACUAUAAUGGAGGAAGAGGAAGAGGAGGAAGAGGAGCAGUACUGCAAAGCACAACAAUGAUAAUCUUAAGGACAUAGCCUCUGUUAAGCAGCACACUCACAACUCAAAUCAACUCAAACUUAUGAUUGUUAGAGAGAUGGUUUACUUCAAGUUUGUGUUUUCAUUGAAGAUGUUUUUGAGUGUCCACGUCAAAUGUAUAGGAUCUCUACACCGAAGUUCUGUUUAAUCUAGAAGAAUUGACGAGAAAACUGUCUUCUCUAAUUCUUAUCUUGCACCUGUCAAGUUUGCUGCACGAGGUAAUGCUCGGGCGCUUCUCAGUUUUAAGCAUAGCAUUGUCGACUCUGCUAAGAACACGUGAAUGUUCCCCGAGGUGAAAGAGAUAAAGGAGAAAGAGAAACGUGUCAAAUGGCGUUGAACGUGGCAUCGCUGUAAUGAACGCCUUGGCACCAAUGUAUCUGUUCCUCCUUUGCUCACCAGGUAGCAGGAGUUACUCUAUAAUAAACUCAAGAUCAGGAGCACA